UCCGCUAAAGUUACAGAAGCCAACUCGCAACUAACCUCUCCAGCUCUCCCCGUCUCGAGAGCUUUCGGCAACGCAGGUAUGGCGGCGGCGGCCCCGACGAGAGCGGAGGUUUUGUCCCUCCUCCGGUCCUUGCUCCGCUCGGCGAGGCAGUUCUCCGACUACAACAUCCGCGAGUACACGCGGCGCCGCGCCGCGGACGCCUUCCGAGAGAACCGCGCCCUCGCCGACGCGCCGGCCGCAGCGGCGGCGUUCGCGGAGGGGAAGAAGCAGCUGGAGGUGGCAAAGAGGCAGGCAGUGGUGUACUCGCUCUACGCCCCCAAGGCCAAGAGCAUCAUGGAGAUGAAGAUGCAGUGAUCGACAAGGGAGAGAGGUGUCGCGCCCUUGCCCUCUCGCUUCUCGUUCCCCUUUCCGGAUUCGUGCCUUUCAUGUGAUGAUGCCAUCAUAACUGAUCUGUUAGAUAAUUGUCAUGGCAUAGAUGCUUGUGGUGCAAUAAAUUUGUGGAUUCUAUGGC